GGACAUACUACGUACAUACAUACUCCUUCCGUACCGACCACUCUACCUGCUCCUGUCGUUUGUCUGUCGAGCUUAUGCAUCAAUAGGCGGAGGCUAAACUGUGCAAACAAGCCGAUCAGGCAUUCGAACGUCAAAGGCGGAGCUUAUCCAAGCCGUUCUCGUUGUACCUCCGUCUCCCCAGUCUCGCCAUACUCUUUUUCCCUCUCCGUCUCUCCGUCUCCUCAGUCUCGUUCGCGCGAUUCGAUCACCGCGCGCCACGAUGAUGCGACGGCCGCCUCCGGAUAUCCGCAACACGUACUCGCUGCUCGUGCUCAACAUCACCUUCCGCACCACGUCCCAGGACCUUAUGCCAUUGUUCGAGCGCUACGGCACGGUGUCUGACAUCUUCAUUCCCAAGGACAAGCGCACGGGCACAUCGCGGGGGUUUGCGUUUGUCCGUUUCAAGCACGAGGACGAGGCCGCCAAGGCCGUCGAACGCCUUGAUGGCACAACCGUGGACGGGCGCGAGAUCAUGGUGAAAUUCGCCAAGUACGGACGCAACGAAGAGAUCAUAGAUAGAGGCAUGAUCACGGAGCUUGGCGCUCCUCCACCGCCCCCCAUGCACCAUGCUCCACGUUAUGACCGCGGCCCCUACCCCGGCCCCCCGCCGUUCUUUGAUGGGAGGGGAGGGCCGGAUUACAGGGGCAUGGGGGGGGGAGGAUGGGGGGGAAGAGGGGGGGGCUAUGGCGGCCCCGGCGGGGACUAUGGGAGGGGGAUGAUGGGGGGGUACCGUGGUGGUGGCGGUGGUGGUGACUAUAGGGGGGGUGGCGAUUCCAGAGGGGGCGGAGGAUACAGGGGAGGUUCUGGUGGUGACUAUAGGGGGCGGGAUUAUGACAGGGAGAGGGAUAGGGGGAGGGAGAGGGAGAGAGGGAGAGAGAGGGAGAGGAGUAGGGAAAGGAGCAGGGAUAGGGAUAGGGAGAGGAGGACGGAUGAUGAGCCUUACAGGAAGAGGGAGGAGGAGGGGCGUGGGCGGAGUGGGGAGAGGGAGAGGAGGGAUGAGACUGAGGAGGAGAGGAGGGAGAGGAAGGAGAGGGAGAGGCGUGAGGAGGAGAGGGAGAGGAGACGGGAGGGAGGGGAUAGAGGGGGGGAGGAGGAUGACGAUAAGGAUUCUUCUGGUAGGCGGGGGAGGAGGAGGAGGAGGGAUGACGACACUGAUAGUGAGGAGGACGAGGAGGAGAGGAGGAGGGAGAGAGAGAAGUCAGAGGAGCAGGAGGAUGGGGUGGGAGGAGCAGGGGGGGACGAGGAGAAGCAAGGAAGGUCCAGUGGAGACGAAGGGGAACAGCAAUAGUGGCAGGCACGCAUAGUCAGUGCACUUUAGCCGUGCUCGUUUCUCUCUCUAUCUCGCGCUGCCAUGGCGGCCGCGUCAAGCUGCUGUGGCCGCGUCGUCGUGCCGCGGCGCCGCCGUCGACGUCCAUGGCGCCCGCGUCCAGCUGCUGUGGCCGCGCCGUCGUGCCGCAGCUCCGCCGUCGCGUCAAGAUGCUG